AUGACCGAAGGCCCCAUACAUCUAUCUAAUGCCUUAACGUUUCUCGAGUGGUGUGGGUAUCCUGGAAAAGUUCUCCCACAAAGUUUUCAACCUGAGGAACUUCGCGAACUGAAUUUGUGCAGUAGCAAAAUUGAACGGCCUUGGGCUGGAAAAAUGUGCUUAUAUAAGUUGAAAUUCAUCAAUGUUAGCUACUCCCGAGAGCUGUCCAGCACGCCCGACUUUUCAGGUACUCCGAAUCUUCAGAGAUUAGAUUUUGAAGGUUGUCUGAAUUUGGUGGAGAUAGACCCAUCCAUUGCUCUUCUCAGAAGGCUUAUAUUCUUGAGUUUUAAAGAAUGUACAAGUCUAGAAAGUCUUCCAUCUCCGAUUGCAAUGGAGUCCCUUGAAGUUUUUAUUCUUUCUGGCUGUUCAAACAUUAAGAAAUUUCCAGAAUUUGUGGUACCUAUGGACCACUUGUUGGAACUUUAUUUAGAUAAGACAGCAAUUGAAAAGUUACCUUUAUCAAUUGGACACCUGACUGCCCUAACAUUAUUAAAACUAAAAGAUUGCAAGAAUCUCAGGUGUCUUCCAAGCAAUAUUCACAAGUUGGAGUCCCUCAAAAUUGUCGAUGUUUCUGGAUGCUCAAAACUUCGAAAGCUGCCAGAAAGCUUGGGGAGCAUAAGUUGUCUGGAGCGGCUUGAUGCGGGUGGUACCUCCAUAAUCGAUGUAUCACCAUCCAUUUUCCUUCUGAAGAUUCUUGAAGCUUUAUCUCUUCGUGGAUGUAAAGGGAUUCUGCGAUUGCAGUUGCCACCUGUAUCUUCUUUGACACUAUUGAAUCUAAGUGACUGCAAUCUUCAGCAGGGAACAAUCCCAACUGAUAUUGGUUGCUUAGCCUCAUUAGUAUCAUUAGAUCUUAGUAAAAACAGUUUUGAUAGAGUUCCCACAGGCACUAGUCAGCUUACUAAGCUUCAAGGUUUGAAUGUGGAGAGUUGUAAGAAUCUUGAGAGUAUGCCAGAGCUGUCAUCAAAUAUAGACUUCAGUGUUGGAUCAGCUGGCCGCUCUUCACAUGAAAGGCUAUCUUGUCCCUCGAAUUUUUUCAGAAUGGGGGACUCUUGCUUGAAUUUUGUUAACUGCUCCAAAUUGGCUGGCAAUCAAGACUGCAACAACGCAUUUACAAUGCUAAGGAGGUUCCUUAAGGGAAACCCUUGUCCAGGAAAGAAGUUUGAAACUAUAAUACCUGGCAAAGAACUUCCUCAGUAUUUCAGUUAUCAACGUGAGGGGUCUGUAGUAAGCAUGAGCUUACCUCAGAAUUGGUAUACGGAUAAGUGCAUGGGAUAUGCUGUUUGUGCUGUUGUUGGUUUCCGUCGAUAUCGUCCAGCUAACUCUCUUGGUAAAUUGAGGCAUGAAGCGUUUGGAACUACACAUGGUCUCGGCUGUGAAGUGAAGUGCAGUAAGUCGGAUAUACCUGGCUUGCAUCCUUUCUUACGCUGCAGCCAAGAACUAAGCCAAAUUGAGUCAGAUCACCUUUGGAUCUCCUUUGUAUCUUGUGAAAAUUUUAGUACAGAGUGGAAAAACUGCUGUCGUCACCCUGAAUUUUCAUUUCAACCCUAUGGCGCUGGCUUAGCGGUGAAGAAGAGUGGGGUUCGUUUGAUAUAUCAGCAAGAUAUUGAAGAUAGGAAACUAAUAAUUACCCAAUCUAAAGGCAGUGCCUCCCCUUGUGAGGUUGUUAAUGUGUGGAAUAAUGAUUUUAGUGGAUCAGAAUCUUUACAAGGUGCCAUUGUUCAACAAUCUGACAGUCUACAGGAAAUUGGUGGAACAAUAAGUAACUCCAAGGUGGAUGACGCAGCCUUAGACAACGUCCAUUUAUCAAAGAAAUGUCGAAAUUGA